AUGGCACUUUCUAUUUCCCACUUCGUCUUAUUUCUCCUUUUUCUCCAGUUUCCCUUCCAAACCAUCUCAGCCAACUCUGAAGGGAAUGCUCUUCAUGCUUUGAGGAACAGGCUUUCUGAUCCCAACAAUGUUCUGCAGAGUUGGGACCCAACACUGGUUAAUCCAUGUACUUGGUUUCAUGUUACAUGUGACUCCAACAACCUUGUUACUCGCUUAGACUUGGGAAAUGCUAAUCUUUCUGGAACUCUGGGCUCAGAACUUGGUCAUCUGCACAAUCUGCAGUAUUUGGAGUUGUAUGGGAAUGAGUUAAGAGGAAAGAUUCCUAAGGAACUUGGAAAAUUGAAAGCACUUAUUAGCAUGGAUUUGUAUGAUAAUAAGUUGGAAGGGAAAAUUCCAAAGUCAUUUGGCAAGUUGAAGUCAUUAGAAUUCUUGCGUCUAAACAACAACAAGCUUACAGGAUCUAUCCCAAGAGAACUCACUCGUCUAAAGCAUCUCAAAAUCUUUGAUGUUUCGAAUAAUGAUCUUUGUGGAACAAUACCGGUAGAUGGAAACUUUGGAUCCUUUCCAAUAAAAAGUUUUGAAAAUAACAGACUUGGUGGUCCUGAACUGAAAGGACUUGUUCCGUACGAUUUUGGAUGCUAA